AUGCCUUCCGCAAAAGACUCGACGCCUACGUUUAGAGUGUUAAUGCUCCACGGCUACACACAGAGCGGCCCUUCAUUCCACGCAAAGACGAGAGCUCUGGAAAAGCACCUACAAAAGGCAUUGCCGGGCAUAUCAUUAAGCUACCCCACGGCACCUUUACAGCUGAAGCCAAGCGAGAUUCCGGGCUUCGACCCCAGUACCAGCGAAGAUCCUGACAUUAUUGAAGCCUAUGGCUGGUGGCGCAAGUCCGACUCCGAUCCUCCAGAGUAUGACGGACUUGACCAAGGGCUGGAAACAGUGGCCAAAGUCAUCGAGGCAGAAGGACCAUUUGACGGAGUCAUCGGGUUCUCUCAAGGUGCAGCUCUAGCAGCCAUGGUCGCAUCGUUGCUCGAGGGGGACUCGAGGAAGCGCGCUUUCGAGAAAGCUCAAUCGAAGUCACCUCUGGCGAUCCCAUUUCCAGCAGCUUUUGCCCGAUUAAGCCAUCCCCCUCUCAAGUUUUGUAUCUCAUACUGUGGCUUCAUUGCUCCAGGGGAGAGAUAUCGAGGCUUCUACGAAGAUCCCAAGAUCCAGACACCUGUUUGCCACUUCAUCGGCAGUCUUGACAGUGUGGUGGACGAGAUGAGAACAGAGGCCUUGGUGCAAGCUACUGGCGGUCCAGAAAAGACUCAAGUCGUGACGCACCCUGGCGGACAUUUCGUCCCGAACAGGAAACAGUAUCUUGACACUGUUGCAACCUUCAUAAAGCAGAACAUGUUGUCAAAAGACGGCGAGGGAGAAAAGGAAGAGCGGGUGGAGGACAUGGAUGUUCCAUUUUGA